CUUCGCACUUCCCACUCUUCUUUUCGUUCUUAUUAUUAUUCUACUCUUACUGCUGCUAGUAUUGCUAGUGCUAGGAAAAACCCGAAUCACAAUCACAAUCUGAACCAAAAUCAAUUAUUGAAAUCUGUUAGAGAUGAGUGCCAAUCUAGAAGCUUUAGGAAUGUUGAUGAUGCCUUAGACAUGUUUGAUAAAAUGCUUCAAAUGCGCCCUUUGCCUUACCUUGUUGACUUUAAUCGCAUUUUGGGUGCCAUUACAAGAAUGAAGCAUUACCCAUUAGUCAUUUCUCUAAUUAAACGAAUUGAAUCAUUUGGUAUCUCUCCUGAUGUUUAUACUCUUACUAUUUUGAUUAACUGCUUCUGCCAUUUGUACCGUCUAGAUUUUGGGUUUUCUGUCUUGGCCACAAUUUUGAAACUUGGUUAUCACCCAAACUCUGUUACUCUAAACACCCUUGUCAAGGGGCUCUGUCUUCAAGGUCACAUUGCUGGCGCUCUGAGGUUGGUAGAAGACAUGGAGAAGAAUGGAUAUGAGCCUAAUGCAAUUACUUGUGGAACAAUGCUGAAUGCUCUGUGUAAGAUUGGACAGACUAGUAUGGCUAUUAGGUUGCUUAGGAAGAUGGAAGAAGGGAAUUUUGAGCUUGAUCUGCCAGCGUAUAACACAAUCAUUGAUAGUUUAUGUAAGGAUAGAUUGGUAAUUGAGGCUUUGAACCUUUUAUCUGAAAUGAUGAGUAAAGGCAUUCAGCCGAACCUUGUCACUUACAACUCCUUGAUUCAAGGCCUAUGCAAUUUUGGCCGGUGGAGAGAGGCUGCUACUUUGUUGAAUGAGAUGACGCGAAGGAAGAUCAUGCCAAAUGUGUAUACCUUCAAUAUAUUGGUGGACACAUAUUGCAAAGAGGGGAUGUUGAUAGAGGCGAAAAAAGUUUUUGGUAUGAUGAUUCAAAGAGGAAUCAUGCCUAACACAAUCACUUACAAUUCUCUAAUUGAUGGUUACUGUUUGCAAAGCAAAAUGGAUGAUGCAAUCAAAACAUUUAAUACGAUGGAUGAGAGGGGUUGUUCACCUGAUGUGUUUAGCUAUAACAUAUUAAUCAAUGGAUUUUGCAAAAAUAAAAGAAUUGAUGAAGCAAGGAGUCUCUUUGAUGAAAUGUCCAACAAGAGAGUGGCUCCUGAUGUUGUGACUUAUAACACUCUUAUAGGUGGGUUUUAUCGAGUGGAGAGACCCCAAGUUGCACUAGACCUAUUUCAUAAGAUGCAGGCAUGUGGCCAACUUCUAGAUCCCCAAACCUAUGCUAUCUUGUUGAAUGGCUUGUGUAAGAAUGGACAAGUUGUUGAGGCUAUGAAAGAGUUUGAUGGGAUGGAAGACAAAAUGUUGGGCAACAAUAUUGUGAUUUACAGCAUUUUGAUUGACGGUUUGUGUAAUGUCAGGAAUCUUACAGUUGCAAGAGAACUCUUUUAUAGUCUACCUGCGAAAGGAUUGCAACCCAAUGUUCGAACUUACAACAUAAUGCUGAAAGGGCUUUGCAAAGAGGGACUGCUAGAAGAAGCAAGUGAGAUAUUUGAGAAAAUGGAUGGGAGCGGUUGUUCACCUGACGAUCGCACAUAUAACACAAUAAUACAAGGGUUACUGCAACAUAAUGGGACAUCAAAGGCAAUGAAAUAUCUUGAAAUAAUGGAUGACAAGGGUUUUUCAGCAAAUGCAACCACUGCAUCCAUGUUGGUUGACUUGCUAUCUGCAAAUCCAGCAGAUAAAGCACUUCAAGAAUUACUUAUUAAGACUUUGCCAGUCAAUCUAUAAGGCGUAUGUAUAUUUGUUGGAAGUGGUUAUUUACUUUUUAUGAAAUGAUGUUUCUUUUCAUAUCAUUGAUGCU